CUUUUAUCUUUGAGAUUGUUGUUGACCGAUGAAUGUUAUCGUGCGUUUGGUGGGAGAUUUGUUUGACAAUGUCAGGGGGCGACCCGUGAUCAGCUGUUGUAGUGUCGUUUCUUCGUGUGUAUGUUAACGUAACACCGAAUGUUUGCGUUCUGACGAGCGUUGAUAUGGGGAGUAGGGGAUAAGGUGUUGCUAAGGCAGCUGUUUGCAACACAAAGAUGCAGAACAGUUUCUGGAUUGGGAGCAGAAUCUCAGAUUUCCUCUUCAAGGACUUUUCAAUCCAUACGUUAGCUGGUUUCAUAGCAAUAUGUUUUGGACUUAGUGCAUUAGCAGUUUUGUAUGAACUGUUGCUGGUAUACCAGAUAUUGUUGAAGCAAACAUCUGGUGUAUGGAGGCAUGGGAGAAGUAGGAUGGUGCACACCUUGCCACACAGAAGGUUGUACUCUAGACUUUUCCAAACAUUGCUGUACACUGCUCAAGUUCUUCUUUCCUACAUACUAAUGCUAUCUGUAAUGACAUACAAUACUUACUUCACUGCAUCAGUUGUACUUGGUGGUGGCAUUGGUUAUUUUCUACUAUCAAAUUCAGUUUUGGAACUGAGGGACUUUGGUGGCUGUGACAACUUUGCUGAUGAUGGCAGUAAUAACAGUCCAUCUGCUGGAAGGGGAAGUCGUGCUGCAGGAGUGUUGAAGACUGUUGCAGAAGACAUAUCAGAUUCUGUACUUGCAGGUGGUAGCAAUAACUUGAGUAAUAGGAGUACUACUCCUGAAAUUGUGACUGCAUGAUGGAUUUUUAAGAAAGGACGGACUGAUAGAUAGUAGCUUUUCUUUUAUAGUGUCUUUAUUGAUUGUCUGGAAUAUGACGUGAGCUUUUAUUUGAAAUAGCCUUUUUGUGUAUAUGUGAAUCACUAAGUCUUGAUUCUGAUGUACAACAAGUUAAAAAAUAAAAGUUAAAAA